AUGGAGCUCGGUGCACUGCGGUCAGGCCUGCGCGCCGCAAUCGCCUCAUUCCGCCAACCUGCCACAAGGAGAUUUCCCAUCAGCCAAACACAAUUCCGCCGUCUGGCUUCAACCAACUCGGACACUCCACUGGGCGACAUCCGCGCUGCUCCCCCGAUCGACUUUGGCACCGAGAGCAAGUCUACUGCCGCCGAAGAGAAUUCUGAAGAUGACGACCUCGAGGGUGGCCGAAGUGUCGCUGCCUACACCGCCAUGAUGGACCGUCUGCGCAUCGUCCCCGCCUCGCCCUCAUAUUUCACCGGCAAGCCCGACUUCACCGACGACCUGUUGAACCUCGAGAACCUGCUGCGCAAAUACCAGACCUUGCCCGUUCUGCCUACUGGACAUGCUCCCCGCGUCGCAUGGAAGACUCUGGCACAGUACAAGGUCAACAGCAACGAGCCCGUCAAGGCCGCUCGCUACACAAAGAUCCUGCAGGUCCUGCAACGAUUGAACUACAUCCACCCCAACCUCAUGCCAGACGAAGUCGCAACUGCCCUCCGACGCUACAUGCGUGAUGUCCAGCCAUUCCACAACCAGCCUAAGCCCGGUGUUGUCGACGAGUACGGCCGUGCUAGAGGCGUUGGCAGGAGAAAGAGCAGUAACGCUGUAGCAUACUUGGUUGAGGGUGAAGGUGAGGUUCUGAUCAACGGAAAGCCCUUGACUCAGGCCUUUGGCCGUCUACACGACCGCGAGAGUGCUCUAUGGGCUCUCAAGGUUACCGAGCGCAUGGACAAGUACAAUGUUUGGUGCGUCGCUAGAGGAGGUGGUACUACUGGUCAGGCCGAUGCUAUUGCCCUGGCUGUGUCCAAGGCAUUGAUGGUUCACGAGCCGUUGCUCAAGCCUGCUUUGAGGAGAGGUAUGUUGAACUCGAGGUCUGAGUUGAUGUGCUACAGCAGUGCUAACUAUACCCUUCANGCUGGUGUUGUCACAAGAGACCCUCGUCGCGUCGAGAGAAAGAAGCCCGGAAAGGUCAAGGCGCGCAAGAUGCCUGCCUGGGUCAAGCGUUGA